AUGGCUCCGACCCACCUCACAUCUGCCCCCGUGUUCCUCCUCCUCGGUCUGGUGGACGGAACAGACGCCCACCCGCUGCUGUUCCUGCUCUUCCUUGGCAUCUAUCUGCCCAACGCCCUGAGCAACCUGAGCAUGGUGGUGCUGGUGAGGUCCGACGGGGCCCUCCACUCCCCCAUGUAUUACUUCUUGGGUCACCUGAGCCUCGUGGACGUCUGCUUUACCACCGUGACGGUCCCCAGGCUGCUGGCCGGCCUGCUCCACCCGGGCCAGGCCAUAUCCUUCCAGGCGUGCUUUGCCCAGAUGUACUUCUUCGUGGCUCUGGGCAUCACGGACAGCUACCUCCUAGCGGCCAUGUCCUACGACCGCGCGACGGCGGUGUGCCAGCCCCUGCGUUACGGCGCGCUGGUGACGCCAUAGCGCUGCGCCGCGCUGGUGCGUGCGUCGUGGGCCGUAGCGCACCUGCACUCGCUGCUGCACACGCUGCUCCUCUCCGCGCUCUCCUACCCCUACCCCACCCCCGUGCGCCACUUCUUUUGCGACAUGACGGUGAUGCUGAGCUCGGCGACCUCGGACACGUCCGCCGCUGAGACGGCCAUCUUCUCCGAGGGCCUGGCCGUGGUGUUGGCCCCGCUGUUCCUCGUGUUCCUCCUACGCGCGCAUCCUGGUCGCGGUGCUCGGCUUCGCUCGGCCGGCGGCCGGCGCCGCGCCUUCUCCACCUGCGGGGCCCACCUAGUGGCGGUGGCGCUUUUCUUUGGCUCUGUCCUCUCCGUGUAUUUCCGGCCGUCGUCUGCCUACUCAGCCCGCUACGACCGCCUGGCCAGCGUGGUCUACGCUGUCAUCACGCCGACCUUGAACCCUUUCAUCUACAGCCUUCGCAACAAAGAGGUCAAGGGCGCCCUGAAAAGGGGGCUCAGAUGGACGGCUGCACCCCAAGAGGCGUGAGGGCAAAUCUGGCUCACUGGCAUUUAUUUUCAUAAUAACAGUUACAGAAAAAAAAAAAAAAACUUGUUUUUUGGCUUUCUAAAGCACUAUUAAUUUCGAUCUACCCCGUCUUAUUUCUGUUAAAUAAGAAAUUAGACCCGAAGUAAAUAUGACAAAGUGUUUACUGUAGUGAUGGAUACAUGGUAGCUUGAAUUCGUGUGUUGUCUGAAUGUGGGAGAUAGAUUCUACUUUUAAAUUUUGAGUAAAUGAAAAGACAGCAAAUGGAGGUAGGGAAAUAGUUUGUGAAGAGGGAAAAGUAAGAGUGUGACUAGCAGGAACCCGGUGGGUGGACGGGAAGCUUGAGAAGGAAUGGAUUUUUUUUUUUU